AUGUCCUUUGUUGUGUUCCCCUGCAGAAACAUGUUGAAGGAGAUAGCAGGAGUAGACAAAAGCCACAGAAGCUUGAAGGAGAGGCAGAUUCUGGUGGAUUUUGCAAUAAAACGGUGUGAAAAUGAGGAGGUCAGGACAUGGCUGAAAGAAAAUGUUCACUCCAAAGACUUCUCCAAGCUGGUUGACAUGUUUUGCUUCCUGCAUGAAGAGCUCAAUAAGCAGAGAGAGAAGAUUGAUAAAGAAGAUAUUGACAUUAUCUUUGUGGCUCAUGGAUCCAUUAAAGAUCCUCUGAUCCCCGCCAGCUGUCUGCUCCCUCUCUCCACCAUCCAGGAUGUGGUCCUGUAUUCUCCCUGGAACUGCAGUCUCACAGCUGAUGCUGCAUAUGGUAUUUCUACAGGAUACCUGAAGCCUGAGCACAGGAUCUUCUACUGUAAGGGGAAAAAAAACCCUAAAAUACCUCAUAAAGACCAUCAGCCCACCAAACUGCCCAACAACUGGAACUCGAUGAAGAAAGCUGGAAAGCAGAAGAUCCCAAACAUCAGUGUCAGUCCUCUAGUACCAGAAGAUGGGGCAUGGGACCGCAUUGUGCGGCUGCAAAGUCAAUAUGGUGGAUCAGGUAGAAACCGAGUCCUUAUCCCGUUUAUCCUCCCAGAAAAGAGGGAAUUUUCAGUCCCCUUCUUUGUGGUCACUCUGGCUCUGUCAUUGGUGCUUUAUUUCUCACGUUAUAGAGCCACUGUCCACCUUGCCGCAUGUUUGACUAGAUCUGUACCGACUUCCAAACUUCCUGAGUCUGACCUAAACCAUCAGUACAGCCAUGCCAUCGAUGAGACAGUAAUGAAAUCCUCAGAGGAAAUGCUCCGCAAAACUGAGACCCCCCUGAGCAAGCUCCACAAAACUCUGUUAUACGUCUUUGUAUGGAUGUUAUGGUUAUAA